UUCACAUAGAUCUCGGGGAUCGAAGUAAGUCGGAGUGAACACGGAACGAUAUUUUGUGGGACGAGGCUAUUGUGUUGGUUCUUCCUUCAUUCUUGGAGACUUUGGAGAGAGAUUCAGGGAGACAGGGGUAUUGUGGGCUAACUGAGUUUAUGUUGGAUUUGUGUGGCUGUGUUGUUAUGGCUCAAUAAUAGCUUGUCUGAACUCGGUACAGAAUCAAUGGCAGUCGCCACGGCGGAAUCCCAGUCCGCGGAGAGGGGCUUCCAGCGACUCUCCUCCCUGUUUCGGCCUACCCUCUCCGAGGGGAAUUCCUGCCACAGGUGUAAGGCUCAGGUGUACCAGGCCGAGAAGAUCGGGCCCGUCCACGAUGUUGUGUUCCACAAGAACUGUUUUAAGUGCUUCGUUUGUGGACAGUUCCUGACAAUCAAGAACUAUUUCUCUAACCAAACGAGUGCCAAUGAUCGCGAAGUAUACUGCGGGACCCACGUACCCAGGGUGGGAGGUUCCAGCAUUGACCAUGGUGCCAUGGGGAUCAAGAGUGCCAUCGCCAGUCAAAACGUGUACAAAAAGAUGAGCAAGAAAAUGAACUCCGAGGUUCGCUUGACGGGUACCCUCAGAAAACCAAGCUAUAACUACGAGGCCGUGGCUAUCAAACGCGCCACCACCGUACCGAAAACUCAGGACUAUGUGGCGGAACGCGCCACAGCGGAGGCGCUCCACAAAGGCGCCGACAUAGAUAGUAAUGCACUGUAUAUCAAGGGCCCCAUAGAGGCGCAGCUCCUGCGACAGGGCUACCAACGCAAGCUAGACAAGCACCACUAUCCCCCAAACAUUUACAGAAAGCGGAAGAAAUUGAUAGAAGAACAGCGUCGCCUGGAGGCUGAAUACCAAAGGGAGGAGGACCGACUGUUGGACGAAUUCCAUAAUGAACGGAAGCAGGAAGCCCUCCGUCUGUCGGCGGAACUACAGCAGGAAUGGGAAAUCAAACUCAAGGAACUCACUGAGAAAUUCGACAAAGAAUUUGGACAAAAGAAGAAAAAGAUGAAAGACAACGAGAAAAAGCAAAUGACCAUACACUUUGAAAACAAGAAGAAAGAGAUAGAGGUCAUAAUUCAAGAAAAGAAGAAAAAGAAGCAGGAAUCGAUGACGCUGAGACUGAAAGAGAAGGAGCAGAAGAAGACGGCUACUAUGGUGGCGCGGCAGAGUCGUGAGAUGUUGGAGGUUCUGGCCCAGAAACAGGAGGAACUCAAGCAAGAACUGAAGCAGGAGCUGGCGGCGGACCACGUUGACGGGGGAACAACCAACGGAGACACAGAAGAGAUUGAGGAAGCAUUGGAGGCUCUAGAAAUCAUCCCUGUAGCGCCUACAGAAAUCCCCUCACCUCACCCACCCUCGUGCAGGAAGAAAGACUUGUACGUCGACCCAUCACAGUUCAAUGAUAUCGACGAACAAACAAUCAAGGUUGCUGAAAAUGAACAGCCUACCUAUACAGAUUUGGUUCAACAGCUGACAGAGAAUCUGGUCACUGAUCUGGAAAAAGCCCGGGCCAUCUACCGAUGGAUUACGGUGAAAGAUCUAAAUGUAAUGGAAUUCGAGGAAACCAUGGAAACAGACACUCCAAUGGGUCUCCUUCGAGGAAUUAAAUACGGAACAGAAACUUAUCACGUGCUGUUUAUGAGAUUGUGCAGUUACGCCGGUCUGAACUGUGAAGAGAUCAAAGGUCAUUCUAAGAGUGUCGGGUACGAGCCCGGGAUGAAGAUCAAGCCCGAGCACUUCCAGAAUACUUGGAAUGCCGUGCUUAUUGACGGCGACUGGCGGCUGGUCCAGUGUAACUGGGGAGCCAGGCACUUGGUUCUGAACAAAGACAAGAAGAGUAAAGACAAACCAAAGCCCAAGUCCAAGGACCAGAUCCGCUAUCAGUACGACGAGCACUAUUUUCUGACGGAUCCGGACGAGUUCAUCCAGGAAUUCUGGGCCUCUGAUCCAAAAUGGCAGCUGCUGGAGAACCCAAUCACGCUUGAAGAGUUCGAGGCCUUGCCGUUUGUUCGCUCCAUUUUCUUCCACUAUGGAAUGACGUUUGAAAAGAGUUUACCCGCGGUCCUUGUUACAACUGAAAAAGGGGCAACGGAAGUGAAAAUAAAAAUUCCAGAAGAAUACGAAAAUGACCUGGUUUUCUAUUAUCAGAUGAGGUACGCAGACAAGGAGAAGCGACAAGAGGCCACAUACAAAGGCGCCAGUCUGGAGAGGUUUGUAUUCCAGACCAUGAUUGACAACACCGUGAUGUUCAGCAUCCAUGUCCCAGCCGUGGGAGAGUAUUUCUUUGAAGUUUUUGCCAAUAAGAUUGAGGAAAGCAAUAGACUCAUUAAUUCUGAGGAGACUGCCGGGGCAUCAAUUUCUCCUUUUAGAUUGAAGUGUACUUGUAAGUUUAAGGUUGUUUGUAAUUCGCUUAGUGGGAAAAUGCAUCCCCUCCCAGAUUGCGCUUCCGGUGAAUGGGGACCUAAAAAGGGAUACCGACACUUUGGAUUGAAGGUGGUUCAAACGCGACCAGGGAAAUCCAGCAAAAGCCGAGCAUCACCCGACUCUUCGGAAGGGGACAGAAUGUCGGACAGUGGAAGCUCCUCUGGAGAUGAACCACCAGACAACCCCAAGGCGGGAAUUCUGAACGUGGAGGACACUCUGGAUAUAAAGUUAAAGAUGCCACGUCCCUUACAAGUGGUAGCAAAACUCAAAAUGAACAAUGUGGAAACCAAAACUCUGGACGCCUUCAUCAAUACAAAUGUAGACAAGGACACUAUCCACAUCACGGCGACUCUCCCUCAGACGGGGCAGUACGGACUCGAUAUCUACGGCCGCCCUAAAGAAGCAGGAGAGAACACCACCUUGUCUCACGCCAUGAAGUAUCUCAUCAACUGCCUGAAAGUCACCAAUCCGGUCGAUAUUCCGAAAAUUCCAGAGAAACAGACCUCUAUUAAGAAAGAAAAGUGGGGCCCACAGCCGACUUUCGAAUCUCUGGGCAUCAAAACCAUCAAUCCCAAAGAACCAAAGAUUACACUGAACGAUUCCAACACGUGUACUGUAGAAAUCCUCGUGCCCGAGGAUGUUGUCGUGACUCAUCAGUUCCUCAAGGAGCCGGAUGCUGACGUCAAAGAUCGCGUUGCUAUGGUGCCUGAGAAAGGCGGGACGAUUAAAUACCACGUGGAUCUUCCACAGACCGGAAAUUACAUGCUGAGUUUGUUUGGGCGAAAGAAGGAAGACGAUGAGAUGCCAAACAUUUACAACUAUCUUAUUGUGUACAAGAAAUCCGGCGAAACAAAUGGCAGCACCCCGCAAAAAGAAGAACGCAGGAGUUCGUCCAUAUUUAAAAAGGGGUUCUUCAAGAAAAGUGAGAAAAAGUAACGUAAAAAUGUUAUCCAGAAUAUCCGUUCUUUCAUGUGGAUGAUUGGGAUGGUCACUUUGUUAAAGGGCUGUCAAUCAUUCUUACUACACAAUCAACAGCGGGACCAAGUCGGUAGACGGGAGGUAACUCUGCCCUAUCCGGCCUCUGGUGAAUUGACAAUACAGUGUUCAGACCAGUUUUAUGACCAUCGAAAUAUUAUACGCAUUUAUCGUCGGUUUCCCUUUUUCAAGUGCGUGAAAUUCCUUUAAACAUGAAUUCUAAAGCAAUGGCAGGUUGGGGUGGGGUGAAGGGCGGGGAUGGGGGGGGGGGUAUGACCGGUGUAGCCUGUUACCGAUAUCAUGUGCUGUACAGCGUAUCAAACUAUUUGAUAUGAUUUAUAUCGACGAUAUUAUACCCGAUCCAUGUGAUAUUAAUCUACCACGUGAUAUCAAUAUCUGUGUAGCCGUUUACAGACAUUGUACACAUUUAUAAGAUGAUGUUAUAUCUUUUUUUUGGUUACAUUAUGGUGAUGUUCAUUUCUGCCUGUUUUUGUAGCCGACUUUCGUUCAACUCAUUUAACAUGGUGUAUACCUUUGUGUCUGUAAUCAUUGAUUUCUUGAAAUGUACUUGUUUCUGUGACGUUUUCUGUGAGUGCUUCAGCCAUCUACCGACCGGUAUAGUGCUCCUGUGAACUCUAUCAGCCGCUGCCUCAGACUUUAUACAAGUGCCUGAUUCUACAUACACAUUUUUGAUAUUAUUACUCUUUUGCUCCCAUUUAGUUAACUUCUUUGCUGUUUAUGUAUUUAUGUAACCCAAAGAUAUGAUGAAUUAAUAUAUUUGUGUUAUAUAUUUUUUCCAUUGGAAGUAAAACGUUUACCGUUGAGGACAAGAAUAAACUAAUGAAUCC